UCAGGUGGCGACACUAAAAUGACGACACCACUCGGAUGAUGAUGAUGAUGAUCGUGAAAUCGUUAUGACGAUGGCGGCGGUGACGAUGACAUCUACAAGUCGAAAACUACAACUUCGACAACAAUGAUGUUUCUGCUGAUGCCGAUGAUGUCACUUUAAUCUUCACGAACGCAACACCACGUGCUGUUGCUACGCUAGACAAUACCACCAUACUCUCGUGACCACCACCACCUCCUCGCCUCUCCUCCUCGUGCGCUGCGCUCGCAUAACGUGGCGGCGAGCACGACGCGCAGCGGAGGAGCCCGGGCAAAGAGAGCGGCGACUCCAGUUGCCCACGCCGCCUCGAGCGCCUCGCCAUAAUUAAUGAUGCAUGGGGGGUGGGAGGGGGGGAGCUGCAGCGGCGAAGGAGCAACGGAGCCGGACCCAUCCCCAGGGUCAGGCCAAUAGACUGAUGACUUAUUCUUAUGUAAAAUGAUUAGCAGGGGCGACCGCCACCCUCCUCUGCCUUUUGUCUCGAGCCCCCUUUUUUCCCCUCUCUCUCUCUCUCUUCCCCUUCCUCCCCUUGCCCCGCGGAGGCGCGCGCAGACAACACCCGUGGGGCAAAACAGCGGCGCGUCUCAUCGCCAGGGAUAAGACGCGGCCAGGGCGGGCGCAGCGGCACACUGCUCGUCGUGCAGUCGACCGACUCACAUCGGAAGGGGGGGGGGCCCAUAGCAGCAGCAGCAGCAGGACCAGACAGCCAGCAAAGCCAGCAAAGCCAGCAGCAGCAGCAAGCACUCAAGACAUAGCCAUCACUAACAUCAUCACCAUCAUCACCACCAACUACUGCCAUCACCAUAAUCAUCAUCAUCGCCACCACUGCCAUUAACUGCCAAUGCCAACGUCGCCAUCACCCGCACGCACGCCUAUACACACACACAUAUAUAUACUCGAGCGGGGUUUGAUGCGCAUAGCACACGCGAUCUCGCGAACGCACGCACGUGAGUGAGUGAGUGAGACUGCAAUUUCUGCGCGUUCACAGAGUGCGUGCGGCCAAGGCUUUUUGCAUUAGGGUCUGGAGUUUCUUUAUCUCGCCGAGUAUCAUUAUUGUUAUCAUCAUCAUUGUUAUAACCUCCGACUUGCAUCGAUACUUUCAUCGUCGUCUUUAUUUCUCCUCUCUACACACACACGCAUCUGAUAUAUAGAUACCCGAUCUGGCUUAUAGAACAUCGCAGCAUCAAACGUAGCAGCAGUAGCGCCGCUGCACCUCGACCGACACCUCCUCUUGCCGCGCGCGCUCCGCACAUUUGACUCCCCUCCUCUCUCGCUCGCGACACGCACAGACAACGACACGCAGGGAGACACCACUCGCAACACUUGCCCGGGCUAUCUCAUGUACAAAAUGGAGUUCUCCUACCUAAACUCGUCGGCCUACGACUCGUGCAUGGGCGGCGUGGACGCCUCUGGACUCACGUACGCAGACUACGGCUCGUGCAGUCAGUACGCGCCCAUCCGGGCCAGCUUCGGGGCCGCAGCCGCCGCGGCCGCCGCCGCCUCCGUGUGCCCCAGCCUCGGCCCCAACAGCUGCAGCCUGGCCGGUCUCCGCGACCACCAGGGGGGACCGUACACGGCGGGUAUGUAUACCGUUCCCUACAAGCUCUUCUCGGAGUGCGGCUCCCUGGCCGAGAAGCGCAAGCAGAGGCGCAUUCGCACCACGUUCAGCAGCGCGCAGCUCAAGGAGCUGGAGCGCGUGUUCGCCGAAACGCACUACCCCGACAUCUACACUCGCGAGGAGCUCGCGCUGCGCAUAGACCUCACCGAGGCGCGCGUCCAGGUUUGGUUCCAGAACCGGCGCGCCAAGUUCCGCAAGCAGGAGCGCGCGGCCAAGAACGCGUGCGCCGCCAAGAAAGCCGAGGCGCGCGCCGACGAUGACCCCAAGGAGGUCAAGUCCGCAGCACCGGACAGCACCGCGUCCAGCAGUGGAGUCGGGGUGGGCUUGGGAAUCGGCGUCGGACCCUGCGGUCAGAGCUCGGUCCAAGGCGGAGGAGUCGGAGUCGGGAACGGCAACGCGAUAUCCUCGGGCGGUCUCUCCAUCCCGUCGGGCCCGCACGGGGUGACCGUGCAAUCGUCUGGAGGAGCUGGCGGAGGAGUAGGAGGCGGAGGCGGCGGCGGUGGUGGUGGUGGCGUGGGACCCGUGGGGUCAUGCGGGAGCCUGAGUCCCGCUUCCGACUGCGGCGCACGAUCUGCGGCGGCGGCGGCGGCAGCUCACGCGGCGGCAGCGGCCGCGGCUUGGACGAGCCCCGUGCCCGGGGUGACCGUGUGCGAAGCCCUGGGGGGGCCCUUCGCUAGUGUCCUGUCGUCCCUGCAGCGGCCCGCAGGCAUGAAGCCCUCGCCAGUGAAGAGCCACAUCUUCUGAAGAUGAUGUGGAUGGAGAGGAUGGAUGCGCAAGGGAGGGAGGAAGAUGAGGAGGAGACGGGAGGAGAAGGAGGAGACAGGAGAUGGGGGUUUAGAGCGUAGAGGAUUGGGGAGGGCGACGUGAUACCGGUGGUGGUGGUGGUGGAGGAUGGAGAGGAUGAGGAACGGAUGUGAGGACUGAUUGUCAGGGAGAAGUGGUGGUAGUGAUGUGGUGGGUGAUUGAUAACAACGAUGGCGAUUGAUAAUGAACAUGUUCAUGUGGUCGAUUGAUAUGGAUGUACGGGUGAUUGAUAUAUGAUGAUGAUAUUGAUUAUUAGAGAUGACAUGAUGAGCGUGCUGAAAGAUGAUCACGAUUAUGAUGAUAGUAGUUUUGAUUGUUGAUGGAUGAUGAUAGUAGUAGUUUUCAUUGAAGAUUAUGAUGAGAGUGCUGAAUGGUGCACACGGUAGCGAAUGACGUCUGUGGAUAAUGAAGAUGACAAUGAUCAUUAUGACAGUGGAGAUGAUUAUUCCGAGAUGAUGAUGAUGACGACGAUGGGUGACAAUCGUCAUUCUGAUGCGAUGAUCAAGAUGACGACGACGAUGAUGAUGAUGAUGAUGGAGACUUUGAUGAUCACGAUGACUCCUUGAACCACCCAGGGCUGCCAUAGACUGUCGUUUACUCUGCCCAGAAGAAUGCCAUCGCAUAACGUCUUUUCGCGACAAAUCUCACGAGGUCUGUCCGCCUCCCCCCUCCCUGUAGAAGUGCUAUAGUGUGUGAUAUAGUGUAUAUCGGACGCUAUAGUCCAUAUGUAUUUAUUAUGUGAGUAUGCUGUAGCACGCUAUGAUAUGCAGUAUAUAUGAAAUGCUAUUGUAUGUGCUAUAUGCAAUGCGCUUAGUGUAUUAUAUACUGUACAUCGUGCCACGUGCACAAUUAUACAGUAUAAUCAUUUUAGUUCGUUUUAAAUCCACUGCUAGAUGAAGCUCCCCUCUCCCCCACCCCGCCCCAACUUCGUGUGGGUCGCAAGGGUUUGUGUGAACAGACUUCACGAUGGCUUGUGUGGAUUGAUGACGACAAAGGGGGUGGGGUGUGGGGGAGGAGGCCCAGGACCGGUUCGGAUAUUAGUCAGUGCCACCGAUGUUAGCCGUGGCCGGGAGUCGAACUCAGGUGGCCGGGUUCAUGGAGCGCAAUGCGCAAACCAUUGCGCCACCGCUCCCCUUCCACCCACCCCCACGAGCACUGUAUAUGCAAUAUAUAUCUCAGCAUAUAGGUGACCUUGUAGAACCGGCAGGACUUAUCGACUGUGUGAAAAUCGACAAUAGGUGUGUAGACUAUACACGCGCAGUAUAUACGACUGUACCAUUCAAGAGAGUAUUCUUGGCAACGGAAUUAGAACGGAACGCCACCCACAAUAAACGCCAUCGUGUUCAUCAAUAUCAGGGCUCGGGUUCUUAUUAAUUUUCAAGUACAGAAUCCUAAAAGUGCUCUGGAUGAUGACGACGACGACGACGACAAGGGAUGAUGAACACAUUCAUGUCGGGAGUCGUGUUGGUACGGACAGAGUCACAACUCUAAAAGCCACGCUUUGGGUGAGUCUGUUGCGUAUUUGGGGGCGAAUUGCGUUACCGUGCCCGGUGUAAAAUCUCGCACCCUGGGGCCCGCGUACCCCGCGUGCGCCACGCGACUUCAAUUGUCACGCAACCGCGGCCACAACGUCUAUGUCGAACCACUCGGAAAUUAAACGUGUCCGUCACUGCAAGCAUCUGAGCCACACUAAUCGGAGUCAAGA